CGGCUAAAUGUGACUCCAGGUCCCAUCGACCCAAACGUGCAAUGGCUGCUGGCUACCCAGGGCUAUUCGGCUGUUGAACCGUAUCUCAUUGCCAGGAAACAUGCGCCGGAAGGCUCAAAGACAAGAUCCCGCUUCCUAAGGGUGGUAACGGCGUGCAGGCGUUGGGAAGGGGUGGUGGGCGAAGCGGAGCCGCUUUGAACCAUGCUACUGAAUUGUGGGUCAGUGUGUGAAGGGGCCCUGCUUUGCGGAAUCUCUGGUCAAGCGGGCGCUGAACGGAAUGUUUGCGACAGUUCAAAAACUACAUUUCCCAGCAUCCUCCCUUCCCCAGAACUACCUUGCCCGAAAGCCUGAGCGUGAUUCAUUCAGGCUUUCGUUUCCUCUUUCCAAACGGGACGCUGAGGAUAUGUGGAGUCGUAGUGUUUGGAGGCUCCUGUUACCCGAAAGCAGUGGAGGGCGACAGGUUUCAACUCCCCGUGGGCGUUUCUCGCGGGCGCUGCGGAGAGACUUCUUCACCACUACAACCAAGGAAGAAUAUGACACAAGGCGAGUGGACAUAACUCCUUUAGAACAAAGAAAAUUAACUUUUGAUACCCAUGCGUUGGUCCGGGACUUGGAAACUCAUGGUGAGAAACGAUUUGACAAAGCACAGGCAAAAACGAUUGUAUCAGUAUUAACCACCUUAUCAAAUGUCAGCUUGGAUACUAUCUAUAAGGAGAUGGUCACUCAAGCUCAACAGGAAAUAACAGUACAACAGCUAAUGGCUCAUUUGGACUCCAUCAGGAAAGACAUGGUUAUCCUAGAGAAAAGUGAAUUUGCAAAUCUGAGAGCAGAGAAUGAGAAAAUGAAAACUGAAUUAGAACAAGUUAAGCAACAAUUGAUAAAUGAAACCAGUCAAAUCAGAGCAGAUAAUAAACUGGACAUCAACCUAGAAAGGAGCAGAGUAACAGAUAUGUUUACAGAUCAAGAAAAGAAACUUAUGGAAGCAACCACAGAAUUUACCAAAAAGGAUACUCAAACCAACAGUAUUAUCUCAGAGACCAGUAAUAAAAUUGACACUGAAAUUGCUUCUUUAAAAACGCUAAUGGAAUCUAACAAGCUUGAGACAAUUCGUUAUCUUGCAGCCUCAGUGUUUACUUGCCUGGCAAUAGCAUUGGGGUUUUACAGACUCUGGAAACAGCAGUGAAACGACUAUACUGCGCUCCUGCUGCUGCUGCUGCUCUUGCUUUCCUAAAACACUGUGCCAGGAUGGCUAUACUUUGAACACUGAAAGUCGAAGCAAGACUUAACACAACAAGAUUGUUCAAACUACAUAGGUACUAAAAGAAAACGUUUUAGAAUAAGAUGUAUUUUGUCUUUGUUUUUAUGUAUUUCAUUAUGUUGAAAAGCUGCCAUUCAAAACCUGAUUAAUUUGAGAUAGAAGGGUCUUUUGUCUGUAUCCUUUGAUAGUUCAUAGAAACUGAACCAGAGUUUUCUUGUGUUUGCAUGAACAAUUGUGCAAAUCCUACAGGAUUGCUUUGGUUAUCUUAUACCUACAUAUUUUGACAUACAACUUUCCUGAUAACUACUGCACUAUUGCCUUUUCAUAUAAAAUAAAAGACAGUUUUUUGGAUUUUAAAAAUAACCAUAUAGCUGCAGAUUGGGUUUUUUUUUGUAAUGAACAAUUAAAAACAGUAAGUUUAAAAUCUUAAAAUGUGUGCCCUAGUGCAAGUGUAUGCCACUUAAUAGGAAACCUGUAGAGCUGCUAAAUCCUGAGCCCUGAUUAUUACACAUAUUUUUUAAUUUUUUGAUUCAUAAAAACCAUUUUAUCCCUGCUUUAUAUUUAUUGCAUAAAAUAAAGCUUUUUCUUAUGGUAUUUAAAUUCAGUAAACAUCUACUGAUAUAUAAUGCCUACUCUCAAGAAACUCAUAGUUUUGUUUUAUUGCUAUUGGGUGAACUAUAUUUUUCCCUAUAUAAUAGUAUUUACUAACAGUAUAUGUAUAAUUUUAAGGAAAGUACAAAAUAUUUUCAACUCAGACCUUCAGUUUUACCUAGAUCAAAAAGCCAAAGCCAGGAAGUGCCAAACACUUCAAGAUUUCAUAAUGGCUUGGCAAUACUUUAAAAGUUCAAUAACCAUUAUUUAUUCAAUAUAUUAAAAAGAACUCCAUCACCAUUUAGUUAUAAAUUGGGAAUUUGAAGAAUAGAGUGGUCAAAGACUAGCCCAUAUGGUCCAAUAAGUGGGAAUCACAGGCCUUCCAACUAAAUUUUCUCCUAAUUGCUGGGUUGUUUUCAAAACAAAACACUAUUUUAAUAUUUUGUUCUGAUUUAUGUCUAUUUCAGAAUUUGCUUGCCUAAGAAAAUUCUUGGCACAUUGUAGAUACAUUUUUAUUGCACUAAUAAAUAUAGACCAAAAGGUUCCAUUGUAACAAACUCUGCAGUGCGUUUGUUCACUGAAUAAAAAUGGCAGACAACGUAACAUACUCGUCCCCAGGUUCACAAAGGUGAACAUGGUUUUGUUCUUAUGGAACUGACAAUCUUAGUGGAGAAGAUAGUAAACAAGUAAGUAAAUGACUGCUUUGUUACAAUUUAAAGUUUAAUAAAAUAUUGAGAGGGCAUACUUCUUUCCUCCAUGUGAAAGAAACUUGAGUAGCAUAACAUUACUGUCAUCCGUCUUCCUCCCCUCAUCCACCCUGCCCCAGGUGAAGUAAAGUGAAAGGCGAAACAGGGCCCAAGCAGCCACUUCCUCCCCACUCCUGUCUGGGACCAGCCUGUUUACACAGAGCAUUCAUUCUGUUCCAGUCCUACAGGAUCAGGCUCAGCCUCUGCAGGGUGAAGCCUACCCCGGUGUAGUGUGCUUGGGGCAGGGUGAAUUAGUCCAAUUCUGAGGUUCACUAAUAGGGAACUUACUGAAGAUAUAAACACAUUCUCCAGUGUCAGCUUUAUCAGUAAAUAAAGGCACUAUUUGAGACUUAUCAGUUCAUUUGUUCUUCAUCUUAAUUAGGUUCACAACCCAGAUGGGAAGGAGGGGUGCCAUUUAUUGGAUCUCCUCAAACCUCAACAAAUAAAGAUGCAUAUUCCCAGUUCAUAGCCAUUAAUGAUAAAAUAGAUCUGUUCCAUCUUUAGGGAUUUUAGCAAGGUGCUUUGUAUCCCAAUAAUGGAAGAACAAAAGUAUAGACACCAUACCCAAUUCCCAUAACUUCUAGAUCCUGUCUUUUCCAGGGAGACUUCAUUUUGGUGUUUUAGAGUUUAGAUAGGUUUUUGUUUAGGGUAUGUAAAUAUCUGAAAUGAAGAAAAAUGAGAGGAUUGUUAUACCUGUAUUCCAGCACUUGCACCCACUAUAAAACAGCUAUUGUUGUAUAUGCCUGUUUCUUAACACUAAACUGAGUUCCCAGGAGCUUA